AUGCUAAUGUUGCACAUGUGUGCAGCUGAUUUGCUUUUCGCAUUGAUCACUAUGGUCCCAACUAUGGCAAUGACCGCCACAGUUCCUGCCAUUUGUCGCCCGCUGGCUUCGAUGAAGUCCAACGCAUACAAACGCCCAGCCUUCUAUGCCUCAAUCGCUUGGGCCCUUGCUCUACUCUUUUCCACACCUCAAUUUGCUCUUUUCACCAAAAGCGACGGCGAUUGUGUUGGGGCCUAUACUAGCCCUUACCAGUAUGCCAUCUAUGUUGUGGUUUUCAACUCGGUAGUUUGGCUUCUGCCCAGUGCUUUAGCUGGAUAUCUAUAUUAUCGCGUAUGCAAAGCCGUUUGGCAGAGCACAUCGUUUGGAAGCAAUUUUCAAACAAAUGGGAAAACAGGGCAAAUGGCGUUUUCUUCAGCUGGUAUGCAAGUGCACCACAAAGGUAGCUCAUUGCUAUUUUUAGAAUUUCAGUAUUAA